GAGUGUGACAAGACAAGACAAAUAUGAAAUAAUAAAAAAAAAUAACCAUCAAUCAACAAAAUAUAUUGACGAGGAAAGAAAAGAAAGGUCUAAUCAAAAGAUAAUAAAAACGCAUUAUUAAUAAAUUAUUAUCAAAAUAUUAAAUAAUUAUGUCGAAAAAUGAAGAAAAAGCUCGAGUAUUACAGUUUGCUCCAUUUAAAUCUUUUAUUCAUCCCUCGUUCUGGCACAAUUUUACUGAAAUAAAAUGGAAAAUCGACAAGCUAAGUGAAAAUACAAAGGAAAUUUACGGCAGAUUUUCCUGCGGAAGUGAUGUUGGCCCUUUCUUCGAGGUAGAUGGAACUGCUUUUAAUAAGGAACCUGGGACAGAACUGCAGUAUUUUAUUGCAAAAGGUACACUUAUGAACAAAAAUACAAUAGAUGACUUCCAAAAAAUUGAGAAAUCAGCACUGUUGUGUCAAGUUGGUGAAGCUUUAUGGGCUAAAAACAUAAGCACAAAGUUGUGGGUAUCAGAACCAAGCUGUCUACUGAGUUUUAUUAUACUUUCAUUUGCUAAUCUCAAAACAUUCCACUACCAUUACUGGAUUGCAUUCCCAACUACAUGUCAACCUACGUCCACAUUAAAAGAAGAAAGCAGAUGUGUUACUGAAGAAUUUAAUGAAAACCAGAUAAAGACAUUAUUACAUAGUUACCAACAAUUACAACAGUCACAGAAAACUUUCUUUUUGGUUCUAAAACAGAGUGAUGAUUCCAUCAAUGUUGAAACUUUAGAUAAAGUUUUUGAUAAAACUGGUGAUAUGAGUAAAGUUGAUAUAUCGAAAGCGUAUUUUGCUUUUACGGAUUCAAGUAAGAAUGAACACCCCAGUUGGUCCUUGAGGAUGUUUUUAGCCGCUCUCUUGGAUUAUAAUCCAAAAUUUUGUGGAGCUGAAAUCAAAGUACUUGGUGUGAGGUACCAGAAAGCUACUGGGAUAAGCAGAAGUAGAAUUUUCAAUGUUCUUCUACCAGAUAUUACGAGCUACAAGAAAAGCAUAAGUCAAUUAGGUUGGGUCGGAUGGGAAAAGGAUGACAAAGGGCACUUUGCACCCAGAGUGUCAGACAUGUCUGCAUCAAUGAGUCCCAGCAGAUUAGCAGCUGAAUCAGCGGACCUUAACAUCAAGCUGAUGCAGUGGCGUUUGCUGCCCGAGCUCAAUAUAGAUGUGAUGCAACAGACCAAGUGUCUGCUGAUAGGAGCGGGCACACUUGGGUGUCAUGUUGCGAGGAAUCUUCUGGCGUGGGGAUUCCGUCACAUAACCUUCGUGGAUGAAGCCAAGGUGUCGUAUUCGAACCCGACACGACAAGUGCUGUACAAUCACUCCGAUAGUUGCAAUAAGCUGUAUAAAGUUGACGCGGCCGUGGCGAACUUGAAGAGUAUACAUCCAGGUGUGGAAACCAAAGGUUUAAAGAUACACAUUCCAAUGCCCGGUCAUCCAGUUGGGGAAAUUCUUAAAGAUGAAACCAUUAGUAACAUACACACACUGAUUGAAGCUAUUCGCGACUGCGACGUGAUAUUCCUACUUUUGGAUUCGAGAGAAGCAAGAUGGCUGCCCACUCUCAUUGCCGCAGACUUGGGGAAGAUAGUAAUAAACGCAGCGUUGGGUUUCGACAGUUACCUGGUGAUGCGGCACGGGAUAGCCACAUUAGACUCCAAGGAUACGGCGGAGGGCACGUCGGUGCACAGCGCCUACGUGCCGGGCGACCGGCUGGGCUGCUACUUCUGCAAUGACGUCACCGCUCCGGGGAACUCGCAAAAGGACCGAACCCUGGACCAACAGUGCACGGUGACGAGACCCGGCGCCUCCGCCAUAGCCGGCGCGUUGGCCGUCGAGCUACUCGUCUCCAUAUUGCAGCACCAGCUCGGGGUCCGAGCACCGGCCCCAUACAAUAUAACAGAUGGAGGAACUGAUUCACACGUGGACAGCAUAUUAGGCCCUGUGCCCCAUUCAAUAAGGGGCUUCCUACAUUCGUACCAAACAGUGCAGCCAACAUACAGAAAGUUCAACCAAUGCACCGCUUGCUCUGAUGUGGUCAUAGACAAGUAUAGAGUUGAGGGAAUACAGUUCCUAUUGGACGUGUUUGACAGUCCAAGACAUUUGGAAUCUGUGACCGGGUUGAGUGAACUGCAAGUUACGGCGCAAAUGAGUGAAGUUCUCACUUUGUCCGACGAUGAUCAAGAUUCUGUGGAAUAAAGUGGAAUUUUUGUGCACUACGAAAUGUAUUUUCCUAUAAUAUUUCUAUGUUCUAUAAUGAAAAGAUCUCUAAAUAGUACAAUCUCUUAAUAAUGCUUUUUUAUGGCUUGCAAUUAUUGCACGGGUUUGUUGUCAUUGAUCCAGUAUCAACCAUGUAAGAGGCUAUAGCAGUAUCAGUCGUAUCAAUGAUACGGGGCCUUCGGUCUACAAGGGCCCCUUACAUUUGAGAGCAAAAAUUAUGUUUGUAAGGUAAUCCACAAUCUCUUUUUUUCUCUGACUCUAUUCUCUUUUUUAAACGUGCGACCAAAAGUUCGAAACAUUCUACAUAGGUUAAGUCACUGUCAUAUUUAUCUAAACUGAGCUUUUUGUUUCUUUUGUGAGAAAUCUUUACCAUCCCAACUAAUUUUGAUACACGGCCCCUUCAAGGCACGCUACGCUACUGAACCAAAGGACAUUGAACCUAUCUGACAUAAUCGACUAUUGUUUUACAAGCAGACUGCCUGUAGUUAUAUUCGCGUAGUUCCUGUUGCUGUGGGAAUACGGAGAUAAAAAUAUAGCCUGUUUUACUCUCUGAUAAUGUAGCAUUCCAUUGGUGAAUUCCAAUUUUUUAAAACGAUUAUUAGGCGUGAAAACGUAACAAACAAACUUACUGUCAAGUAUGAAUAAUUAUGUGCUGGUACGCCUGUUUUUAUGUUUAAUAUUUAUAUUUAUUAAAUGUAAUAUUUUUUAUUGUUCUUGUAUAAAAUGUAAUAUUAUAUCUAUCCAAUAGCUAUUGUAUUGUCGCUAAGAAUUCUGUAUCAAUGAGAGCAUGCUGAUUUUAGCUUUAAACGUUUAACAUUUAAGCUUUAAAUGUUUAGAAUGGAGUAAUUUUGCAAUUUCUUUAAAUAUAAUAAUAAAAUGUAAACUGGUGUCUAAUGUUAUUAAGAAUACAAUUUAUAAAUAUUAUUAUAAAUAAUAAAAAUCAUAAAAUAUACACAUGAUAUUAUUGGUGGAAAUUUUAUCUGGCGCUUAAACAUACUCAUAUAAUGUUGUUAAAUUUAGAGCGUCUUGUAAACGAUUUUUGUCAAAUGUUUGUCAAACAAAUUGAUGAUUUGCGACUUUGUCAAACAUUUCUGUAGACCACACAACUGAAGUAAAACUUCUUUCAGAAUUGAAAACAAAGCGCCAUCUAUGAUCCUCAGGCAUAACUGUAUCGCUGCAGGGCAUGUAGCUAAGUGGCACGUCAAUUCUCUUUCUACAAACGUUAAUGCUUCGAAAACCAACAAAAUGUAUGGGAAUGACAGAUCCAAUCGACAACUUGAUCACGUGACCUGUCGAUAACAAAUGUCAUUCCCAUAAUUUUUUAAGCGUUAGCGUUUGUAGAAAGAGAAUCGACGUGCCACAUGGCUACAGGCAGGGCUCUUGAAGUGUUUAAAAAAGGGAUUGUUUCAAAGUUCUCUAAGAACGCCAUCUACUGGAUGUUUAAAUAACAAACACUGUUUCAUUAGGCCCGUAGAUGGCACUCAUUGUCCGACUACACUUUUCGUAACUUAUUCACCAACUUAUUCCACAAGUCAAGUAUGUAUGACAAGCAAGUUUGUCACAUAUGUUUGAUCGUUUCCAAUGCCUAAGGGCUCCUACACACGGGCCACAAUCACAAAACGCCGCUACCGGCAUAUUUCCUGUAGUUUCAUACAUUUUAUAUGGACUCGCCGCACACGGUUGACGCCGGUGGUCGCCACACGCUACAACCGUCGCCGCUCGAUUCUUGUGGCCCGCACCGGCUACUAAACGCCGCCACACGCCACCGGCCACAACUUUUGUGGCCCGUGUGUGGGAGCCCUACAGCUUAAGACGUGACGUGUGAUUGAGGACAACUUAUGUUUAUUAACCAUGCCAGGUAAAAAAUAUUUAAGAGUUAUAAGAAUAAUGAAUGUCAAAAAUAUUAUAAUUCAAAUAAAAUUGUUAUUACUUUGCAAA